CGAGACAUCUCUGGGUCAUUUUGCUGGGCCCCAUUUCUUGCUUUGCAAACAUCCAACUCAUUUCUUACUAUGCUCUUGCUGCUUUCAAAGUAUAAAAUGAAAAGUGUUCCUGUGGUUGAUUUGGGUGAAGGUAAAAUUGAAAACAUCAUCAUACAAUCUGCUGUCAUUCAUAUGCUAGCAGAAUGUGCUGCACUUCAAUGGUUUGAAAAUUGGGGAACCAAGAGAUUAUCUGAGCUCAGACUUCCAGUGAUGACACCAAAUAGUAUUAUCAAGGUCCAUGAGGAUGAACCGGUGCUCCAGGCAUUUAAGUUGAUGAGGAAAAGGUGGAUUGGAGGGAUUCCUGUUAUUGAAAAGGGGAGUAGCAGGGCAGUGGGUAAUAUAAGCUUAAGAGAUGUUCAGUUCUUGCUAACUGCUCCAGAAAUCUACCAUGAUUAUAGAUCUAUCACGGCUAAGAACUACCUGACAGCCGUUAGAAGCUACUUAGAGAAAAAUCAUGAGAACUGCCCAUUAGUGACUGGCAUGAUCACGUGCAAAAGGGACCACACAAUGAAAGAAUUGAUUCAGCUUCUUGAUUCUGAGAAGAUUCACCGGAUAUAUGUUGUCAAUAAUGAUGGGAAUCUAGAGGGAGUUAUCACACUGAGAGACAUUAUCUCAAAGCUAGUACAUGAGCCCCAUGGCUACUUUGGCGAUUUCUUUGAUGGUGUUCUGCCACUGCCCCAAAACAGCAGGGUUUAACAUCAGGAAUAACAUCGAUUGACAUUUUUUUGUUGUUGCUAGUUUUGUUUUCUUGUAAUGACCUCUCCUUGUCCUUUGGUUUCUUGGAGAUGGGUUGAUUACGGUGAUUGUAACAUAGGCAAGCACUUGUGAUUAAUUUUACCUUAGUGUGACUGAGUUAACUUUUCGGUAUAUUUUCCCCCAGUGUUACAAUCUAAUAAAGAGAUCCCUUCUUCAUCUA